AUGGGUUUGGGAAAAACUGUACAAACGAUUUGUUUUCUGCAACGGGUAUACGAUUACGGGAUUCAUGGACCGUUCUUGAUCGUCGUUCCACUGUCGACGAUUCACAAUUGGCAACGAGAAUUCGAGACGUGGACCGAUAUGAAUGCGAUUGUUUAUCACGGAAGUUCGGCCAGCAGACAGCUGAUCGAGCAAUCGGAAUUCUACUAUCGAACGGAUGAUUUGAAGUCGAGUAAGAAAGGUGUUGUGAAGUUUGAUGCGUUAAUAACGACGUUCGAAAUGGUCGUUUGCGAUUGUGAGAUACUCCGUAAAAUUAAUUAUCACGUUUGUGUGAUCGACGAGGCGCAUAGACUCAAGAAUCGCAAUUGUUUGCUGUCGUUCACGGUCGAGCAUCGAUUGCUCCUAACCGGUACACCACUGCAAAACAACAUCGAGGAGUUGUUCUCGUUGUUGAACUUCCUCGAGCCACAACAAUUCCACAGUUCAAGCGCAUUUCUGGAACAAUUCGGACAGUGUCAAACCGAAGAUCAAGUGCAAAAACUGCAGCAAAUUCUUAAACCGAUGAUGUUGAGACGUUUGAAAGAGGACGUCGAAAAGACACUUCAACCCAAAGAAGAAACCAUCAUUGAGGUAGGUGCUGAAGAGCAAAUUCUGUCGGAGAUGAAGAGCGUUCAUCCGGACAAGAAUGAGGAAGAAUUGUACCAACAUGCUCUAGUGCAAUCGUCCGGUAAAUUAGUGCUUAUCGCUAAACUGCUACCGAAAUUGAGAGCCGAUGGACACAAGGUUUUGAUAUUCUCACAAAUGGUUCGUGUACUCGACAUUAUCGAAGAAUUUCUGGUUGCGCAUGGUUACACAUUCGAACGAAUUGACGGAAAUGUACGUGGUGAUUUGCGACAAACAGCAAUUGAUCGAUUCAGUAAGAAAGAUUCGGAUCGAUUCGUUUUCUUAUUGUGUACACGUGCUGGUGGCUUAGGAAUCAACUUGACGGCGGCGGAUACCGUGAUCAUUUUCGAUUCUGAUUGGAAUCCACAGAAUGAUUUGCAGGCACAAGCUAGGUGUCAUCGUAUCGGGCAGACAAAAAUGGUGAAAGUGUAUCGGUUGAUCACUUGUAAUACGUACGAACGAGAGAUGUUCGAUAAGGCAUCACUGAAACUCGGACUUGAUAAAGCCGUUUUGCAAUCAACAACCGCACUCAAAGACACAUCGCAGCAAUUGAGUCGUAAAGAAAUCGAAGAAUUGCUCAAAAAAGGAGCGUAUGGUGCGAUUAUGGAUGAAAGUAAUGAAGACAGCAAAUUUAAUGAAGAGGAUAUUGAAACGAUUCUGUUGAGACGAACAACUACUAUUACACUGGAGGCUGGUGUGAAAGGCUCAACGUUCGCGAAAGCAUCGUUCAAUUCGUCGACGAAUCGUGAGGAUAUCGACAUUGAUGAUCCAAACUUUUGGUCAAAAUGGGCGAAGAAAGCGAAUAUCGACACCGAAAUCAAUCAAAUAGAUAAGGAAUUGAUCUUGUUGGAGCCGAGGAAUCGUAAGAAAAGGUUAAUUUUCGGUGAAGUUUCAUAUUUAGCGAUUAGUACGAUUGAUAAAUUCAGAUUCGAAGAGACUGUCUAUAAGUCGGAGGCUGGUGAUGAUAGUGAAGCUGAGGAGAGUGAUGCGAGUAGUGCGGUGGCAACCGGAAAGGGAGGCAGUCGCAAGCGAGGUGAGCGGAAGAAUGACCGAAAGAGACGUCGUGAGGACGAGGAAUAUCGACCGGAUGAGUUGGCAUUCAACAAGAGUGAAUACUUCAAAGUUGAAAAGUUGUUGGCUCAAUACGGUUGGGGCAGAUGGAAAGCAAUGCGUGACGCCAGCGAUCUGAAAGAGAGUGUAUCUGAGGCAGACAUUGAGCAUAUCUCGAGAACAUUGCUGUUGCAUUGUAUUCGAGAGUACCGCGGUGAUGAGAAAGUUCGUGAAUUUGUUUGGCGUUUAAUCGUACCAAAAGGUGGACACGUUGUCGGCAAAUCACUGUCCAAGGGCAAAACAUCGACGAACAAUCUAACGAAUGUUUUCCACGAAGGAUGGGCCGCACUGCCCGAAUACAAUCCACCAGCGUUCGCCGUCGAUUCGUCCUUCCAAAGGCAUGUGCAUCGUCAUGCGAACAAACUAUUGGUUCGUAUGCAUCAACUGCACAUUCUUAACACUGAGGUACGUCCUACUUUAUCGUAUUUUCACUUUAUUUGGAUUAGUUUCGUUGUGGUGAUUGGCAGUCGAAGUGAAGCGAUAAUGAGUGGAACGAAAGCGAGUGAGGUGGAUUUAGGAGUGGAUAUGAACGAGCCGUUUGUGAGUGGAUGGGAUAAUGAAUGCGAUAAAAGUUUCUUGAUUGGAGCACAUAAACAUGGUGUUGAAAACUAUGAAGCAAUGCGAUCGGAUGAAGCGUUAUGCUUCGCGACGAAAACAAUUGAGACGUUUCCGACGGGUGCUGAGCUAUUGGGCCGAUUCAGGAGAUUGCUGAUGCAUUUCCAACGGAAACGCAACGAUGCUUUGUCCGCUUUAACAUGGUCAAAAAGAGAAGAGGCCGAAUUCAUGCGCGUACUGCGAAGUUAUGGUGUGAAAGACGACCCGUCAACGAUCAUCUCUUGGGCACGCUUCAGACAACUGUCGCCGUUGUUGGAGCAUAAAUCCGAUAGUGAACUGAUGGAACAGUUGUAUUGUGUGCUGUCGAUGUGCACAAAACAAUUAGGCAACGAAAUGUCGACGGUGGAUUUGCAAAGGGCCUUGAAGGUUGUCGUUUUUAGGGUUGCGAUUCAUUUAUUUCAUUUGUAUUAUUUGUUUGUUGAGCCGAUAUCAGCUCGUAAAGCGCAAAAAUUGAUGCAUCGAAUGAAUAUGAUGCGUCAAAUUCACGAUUGGGCAGAUUCGCUGCCGAAUAGGAAUAAACUUCUGAAGCUGUGCUCGAAUGAGGCGAUGCCGAACGGAUGGACCACUGAGCAGGAUAACGAUCUGUUUACAGUGGUCGAUAUGAACGGCUUGGACAACAUUUCAGCGAAUAUCGCGCAUCGUCCGGCGUUCCAGAAAAUCAUUCGACCUGAAGAGAAGACUUUACUGAGGCGUGUUGCUGAGAUUUAUACGACGUUACAGACGAAAAAGUGGAAUGGAGCUGCUUCAAUUGAGCUGCUGGAAGAUUCAGAUGAAGAGCGAUCCACACCACUACAGUCUCGGAUUAGAAGAGGACGUAAGAAGGGCGCUACCGCAAGUGGUAGUUCACUAUCGAAUGGAGGCGCAGCAAUGCGAGAUCUGGUCGAUGUGGAAAAAGAGAAAAUGCGAGCGCUUGUACAUCAAUCCUUCUUGCAAAGGUUGGAACAAAUACCGUUAGCAGCGGCAGCCGCAAUGGCACAAGGUGCGUUUUUGUUACCGCAACUUCUCGGAGGCACCGGAAGUCCGUCUGCUGGUGGUGCAGGAGGAGCAUCGAGUGCAGCAGCACUGAGCGGAGCUCUAGGGGGAUUACCUCUAUCCGCAGCUGGAUCAGCACAACAGCUCUCCAACGAUCAACAACAGCAACAACUUGCCCUAUUGUCGUCACUUUUCGGCAUCCCACCUUCAGCGCUCGCAUCGCUAGGUCUUAGCGGCGCUAGUCUACCGUCGUCGAUGGGUGCCGUAACCUCUUCGUCCAGUAUUCCAUCUGCAUCACAAUCAUCCUUAUUGUCUUCAACAUCGUCAGCAGGAGGCGGAGGUGGAUCAUUCAAGAGCGGUGGAUCUGGAGCAGGAUCUCAUCCGAACACGCCAUCAACUAGUCGUGUUUGCGCUUCGAGUGCUGCUGCUGCCACUCCGAGCACCAGUGGUGCGAAUGCGAAUGCGAUUGUAGCGGCCAAUGUGCUCAGCUCUAUAAUUGAUCAGCAUCAGCAGCAUUUCAGUCAGCUUUCUCAGCCACAUCAACACCAACAACACAGUGCUUCAUCGUCGUCAACAUCCGGAAGCAAUACGACGACAACAGUUGGAGGUGAAGAUGCGCUGAAUUUGAGUACCAAACGGCAUUCAGUUUCAAGUAGUAGCGGUGGUGGCAGCAGUAGCCAGUCGAUUGCAACUGCUACAACAACCGCUACAACAACGCCUGGCUCGAUGACAUCGACAAGUGCUCCAUCCUCUUCAAGCACCACGACGACGACGAGCACAACGACUGCGUCGAAUGCGUCUGGAACGGGUGCAGCCGGAUCAGUGCACAGAACCUCUUCGACGCACCAUCAUUCGUCUUCGUCUACAUCAUCGACAUCAUCUGCCAAAGGUUCGCAACAACAAACCUCAGGUGUAUCGCCGUCAUUUGCCGGUAUAUCCGCGAACAUAACAUCAACAUCAGCUCUACCGGCAUCAUCUCUGGUCGCUGCAACAACUUCAUCGUCUACAAGCGGCGGCUCACAUAAUGCGAGUUCUUCAUCAGCCACUAGUGGUAGCGGUAGUGCUAACAAACACCAUUCUACUUCAGCACUCAUCAACACGUUGAAUUUCACGGAAUUGCUCGCAUUGGCUAAUCUACCACCUGGUAAGUUGUUUUGUGCGGAGUUUUUUUUUUGCGAGUUUUCAGAAACUCGCGUUCCGGUUGUCAAUGUUGAGAGUGGUCUACGAUUGACCGGUGAUGAAGCACCGAAAGUCAAGAAUCUUGGCCAGUGGUUAUCGGCACACCCGAAAUUCGUUCUGGACAUUCCGUCCGGAGCGGAUACUGCGCAUCGUUCAUCAUCGCACACGGCAACCGCUACUGCAAGCACUCCGACUUCGACAUCGAAGCAUUCAAACGAUAAAUCGUCGUCAUCCUCUUCUGAGAAGAAAACGUCAUCGUCCAGCGAUAGGUUGAUCGCAGGCAGUGGUAGCAGAAGCAAGGAUGAUACGUCAGUGACUCGUCACAGCAGUCGUAGUGAUCAGUCAAAGGAUGCUUCAUCAUCGAAGGCCGUCGCCUCUAAAUCAUCCACCACUGCUCUAUCUCUAGAACCCGGUGAGAUUCCGAAACCGUCGUGCUCAUCGUCCUCGGCCGCCGCCUCGUCAACAUCGCUUGGCAUCGGUUCAUUGGCCGAACAACCAGUGGCGGUUUUCGAUCGAACCUCCGGUCAGCUACUAUCGGCUGAUCGAUGGCCUUCAAUCAGAUCGUUGGCCAGUUGGCUCGAUAAACAUCCCGACUGUAACGUUCACUCAUCAUCCGCUACUCUUGCAGCGGCUGUUCUAUCGAAACGUUAUAAUGAUCGUUUGGGUGGAGAGGCGAAUAUUUUGGCGGCCGCAGCCGCAGCGUUGAAUGCGACGAGCAGUGGAAUUGGCGGUGGUGCAUCGUCGUCGGCGAGCAGCCUUGAGGCACUGCAGAUGCAGUUGAUGUUACAACAGGCGCUCAUGAACCCGAGUUUGCUCUCGUUGGGUGGAUUGUGCGGCUAUAGUCCACUGAAUCCGUACGCUAUGCUUGCCGCAGCCACCACGACGUCACCAUCGGUUUCGUCGAGUAAAAUGAGCAGUGGAAAUGGCAAUUUAUGUGGUCUUUCACCUGGUACUGCAGCAGCAGCAGCGAAUCUGCAAUCUUCGUCAAUGUCUCUGCCCGCUAUGCCUUCCUCUUCGACGUCGUCAAGUGCGCAGUCAUCGUCCAAAACAAGCGGCGGCGUUCCAUCAUCAGCAGAUUUACUGAAUCCGAUGUUGGCAUCGUUGAUGGCCGCUCAUGCCGCAGCUGCAACAUCAGCUGCAUCAUCUCCGUCGAAUGCUGCCGCCCUUCAGAUGCAACAACAAAUGCAAUCGCUGCUUGCAUUCGACCCGUCUCUACUGUUCGCUGCACAAAACCUUGUUGCAUCAUCAUCCAGUAGCAUGAGUGGAUUGCCUUCGCCAUUCACAUCGAUUGGUGCUGGUGGUCUUAGUUCGCAUCGUAGCAGCGGCAGCAGUAGCCAUACGGCUGCCGUUUCCACAUCAGCAUCCAAUCAUCAUGCUCACCCGUCAUCAACUGCUGCUGCGGCUGCUUCCUCAUUGCUCUCAUCGUCAUCGAUAAGUUCCACGACAUCCGCAUCUUCGCAGUUAUCGAAUCCUUUGGUGGCCACAACAACUGCGACAUCAUCCACCGGUAUUACAACACCAACCCCAACUCGUAAGCAUUCAUCAACUCCAGCACUGGCCAUCUCAUCAUCGUUACCAUCCUCAUCGGCCGCUUCAUCAACAACAGUGUCGUCUUUGUCAACCACAACAGCCAGUGGAAUUUCAGCGAAUUCACCGGUGACGACUGUAACUAGCAGUAGCAGUAGCGGUAAUUCAACUAAACAACAAGCGAGUAGUAGUAGCAGCAGUUCGAGCUCAGCAGCUGUGAACAGCACCACUACAGAGAGUGGUUCGAGUUCGGGAACAGUUGAUACGGGUUCUGCAAGUGCUACUACAAGUGCCGCGAAUGUUGGCGCUACGGUGAUGAGCACGAGUACAACAAGUUCAAGUUCAGCGCGGAAAGCAUCCUCAGCGAAAGGACGUCUGAAUGCGGUGCUUGAGAAGCUGUCGUCGUCAUCUUCGUUGGCUUCAUCCCCUUCGAAUCAGUCAUAG